GGUUGAUCUGAUUCCGCCUGGCUGCCUGGAUGACAGUCAAGCGGUGCUGAUGCUGUGACAAUGGGAGUCAUCCAGAUAAGCAUCAUCUGGACCGAGUGCGCUUAAAACACAGCGGUAGCACACACGGGAACGGGACGGGGAGGCAGCCGGGUAGAAACACGGGGUGGAACCUCCAGCUGCUGCUGAGAAAGGUCUAGUCAUGGGAGCAUUCAGCCGACAGAAGUUUUUCCAAGAGCUUGCUCAUGGCUGCCUGCUGCCCACAGCCCAGCAGGGCCUAGAGCAAGUAUGGCAGCUGCUGGUUAUCUGCCUGCUGUGUCGGCUUCUCUGGAUCUUGGGGCUCCCCUCUUUUGUAAAACACCUGGGCACAGUCGCGGGAGGUUUCUACACUCUCUACCUGUUCUUUGAGCUUCACAUGAUCUGGGUGGUCCUCCUCAGCCUUCUCUGCUACCUCUUCCUCUUCCUGUGCCGCCACUCCACCAUGCGAGGCACCUUCCUCUCCAUCACUGUGCUCAUCUACCUGCUGCUGGGAGAGCUGCACAUGAUGGACACCACCAACUGGCACAAGAUGAGAGGUUCACAGAUGGUGGUUGCCAUGAAAGCCAUCUCCCUGGCCUUCGAUCUGGACAGAGGUGUCGUAGCCAGUGUGCCGUCACCCAUUGAGUUCAUGGGCUAUAUUUACUUUGUGGGCACAGUCAUCUUUGGUCCCUGGAUCAGCUUCAACAGCUACAAAGACGCUUUAGAAGGACGUAAGCUGAGCUUGUCGUGGUUUUUAAAAGUGUCUGUUAGCUGGGUGAAGAGCCAGGUCUGCCUUGUUGUUUCCAACUGCAUGGCGCCCUACCUUUUCCCUUAUUUCAUACCGGUCUAUGGAGACAAGUUACUACGAGGCAAAAAGAGAAGGAAAAUCAGAGGUACACCAGCAAAGUGGUUGCUGGCGUAUGAGAACACAAUGUCUUUCCACUUCAGCAACUAUUUUGUCGGUUACUUGAGCGAGACUACUACUACUCUGGCUGGAGCAGGCUUUACAGAGGAGAAGGAAAACCUCAAAUGGGAUAUGACCGUAUCCAAGCCACUGAAUAUAGAGUUUCCCCGGUCGAUGGUGGAGGUGGUAACGUCCUGGAAUCUGCCCAUGUCUCGCUUUCUGCACACCUAUGUUUUUAAGAGUGCUCUCAAAUUGGGCACGUUCUCCGCUAUCAUGGUGACGUAUACAGCCAGCGCCCUUCUGCAUGGUUUAAGUUUCCACCUGGGUGCAGUGCUUCUAUCUCUGGGGUUCAUCACAUACAUUGAGCACGUGUUGCGGAAGAGGCUUGCGGUCGUUUUCAAUGCCUGUGUACUGUCAAAGAAAUGUCAGGCAAACUGCACUCAUGGGAACAAGAAGAAGCUAUGGGUAUAUUUGAUUAACAUAGCAUUCAGCGCUUUGGCGAUGCUCCACCUGACGUACCUGGGCUCUGUGUUCAACUCCAGUGUCGACUACAUGGAGGAGGAUGAGGACGAUGUAACCCAUCAUACCAUUCAGAAGUGGUCCGAGCUGAGCUGGACAAGCCACUGGGUCACAUUCGGAUGCUGGAUAUUGUACCGCCUCAUUCUCUAAUAACGAGAGACGGAGAAAGUGAAGCAAUAAGGAGAGAUGUAAGGUUGGUUCUCCACUUCUGCACUGUGACUUUAUUCUGCCUCAGACCGAAGAGGACAGACUCAACCUGUAUACAUCAAUAAACCAACGGCCCGCAUGUUGGCUGGGUAAUCCAUUAUUCUAACCUGCCGGGGACUAGUUUUGAUAUCCAUGGAAUGAUAGCCCGCUCCGCUCUCCCUUUUCUCAGUAUCGCAUCUUUUUUAAUCCGAGCCGCAGUUGUCAACCCUCAUGUUGUGACAGCAGUUACCGAUGUCUUACUGUGAGUCGCGAUCAAUACCUGUCAGCAUAGUGGAGGCGUUUCUGUGGACACAUGACACUAUCGAGGUUUUUCAGGGUCGGCCGAGGCAGACGUCCUCAAGAUGUGGUUUCCCCCCCCCCGCCCCCCCCUCACCUCAAAGUGUUUUACAAUCAUAUUUUUAGAUUUGAAGGAUUAGGAUGGAGAUAUCAAACAAAUCCCAUGGAAAGAAAGACAAUACAUUUGCCCGUCUCUGAAUACUUUCUGAAUUCCCCAGCCUGUCUGUGGCUCUCAGCCCUAAUCCUAUUCUAUAAACUUAAUAAAAUAAAAAAAGGCUGAAUUAUUUCCUAAACCUAGGGUCACUUAGUGUUUAGUGAAUAUUUCUCAAACAAGAGUCAAAUGGUACAUUUGUUUGGAUCUUUUUUAAGCAGCGAAACAAUACACAUUGUGCUCUACUGUGUAUAUAUAUAUAUAUCUAUAUAUGUACUAUGUGUAGCAGCAUGACAGUGUAUGUGGGAUUGACACAAAAUAAAAUGCAGUGCCUACGGAACAUGUCACCCGGGUCCAGUGUGGCUCGUUGAUACAUUUUGGACAACAGCAGAAGUCAUUAACAGAGAAGAAUAAGCUGCAUGAGACUUUGGCUCAGGAGAAUAAAUGAAUCAAUGGUUUGGGUCUUUUCAUGGGAUUUGUUGGCAAUAUGAACAAUGUAGAAUAUCACCACCAGACGUGGUCUCAAGCAUGUGUAAGACAACACAGAGUUUCCUUUUGAACGAUAAGAGCACAGGUUAUGGUUAUGAGGCAGCAAUUAUAAUGCAGAAGGAAUUCCCCUUUUGAGAAUGUUAGAUGAAGAAAAUGAAUCGGUAAAUCUAUGAACUUACUUUUGUGGUGAUAUUUCCUAAUGGGGUUUGUGUUUUGUUUUGUGUUAUUCUGAUCAUUUCCUUUACAUUUACGGUAGUUAUUUGCCUUUGCUUAGAAAAGGUCUUAUUAGUAUUUAUUUAUUACAUUUGUACAACUCUUUCACGCUUCAGUAUUGAAAAUAAAGAUUUCGAAUUAGGGUAUUUCACACGUUAUUGUAGGGGGAAAUGUUUCAACUUCUCUUCCAAUAGUAGGUGCGAUUAUGAAGUUCACAGUAUUAAAUAUAUCUUUAAAUACAGAUUUUUAUUACACUGUUGCUUUUAAUGGUGCAUUCAUGUAACUGCUAAUUACCUGAGGAUAGAAUCAAAUGGGCGUCUGUAUCAGAUUGUGUUCACGUUCUGUCUAAUAUAUCUUUCUGAAAUCUGGAAUGUCAACAGGAUUUGUUUCUUGACUAAGAUGUAGUGUUUUAGAUUAGAGCCUGAAUGUUUGUUCAUGCCUGAGAACCAGCGCUCAGUCUCUUAGGACCAAAUACCACUCAAUCCGACAGUAUUUUAAAUAUUAUUCUAACUUUAAGCCAACUUUUUCUCCCUGUAAAUGUGAAGGCACUGACAUCUGUGAUAUUUUUAUAAACUUUUACAUCAAACCUG